AUGCACUGUAUACGACUCGACUAGGCCUGCCUAGAUCUACAGUGCAUUUGUGCAUGCACAGGCAAUUACAUGUUUGUUUUGAUAUAGCAGGCAUUUAACUCUAUAUUUUCAAAGAACAUUAUCAUCAGAAUCCAGUAUGGAAACGCUAGAUUUUCCAGAUGUUUCUCAGGAAGUGAAGGGUGCUAUGAACGGUGGCCGACUGAGGCUGAAUGAACAAGGCGUGACAUUCAAGAACAACAAGACGGGCAAGGUGGAUCAGAUUCAAUCAGGCGACAUAGAGAGGACCAACUGGAUCCGGGUCGCUAGAGGUCUGGAACUCAAGCUCUGUCUCAAAUCAGGAUCGGUCUUCAAGUACGAUGGGUUCAAAGAAUCAGAUCGAGAGAAAGUAGCUGACUUUCUUCAGAGGCAUUACAGUGUUGAACUUCUAGACAAAGAAUUAUCCCUGAAAGGAUGGAACUGGGGCACUGCACGAUUUGAAGGUUCUGAGCUGGAUUUCCAUGUCGACAAGAAGUCUGCCUUCCAGCUUCCCCUCGGCAACGUUUCUCACGCCACCACGGCGAAGAACGAGGUCAUCCUUGAAUUCCACCAAAACGACGAUGCAGAGGUCUCUCUUAUGGAGAUGAGGUUCUACGUACCUUCAACAGACGCUACCACCGAUGCAGCAGGGGCAUUCCUGGAGAAUGUAAUGGCUAAGGCAGACAUCAUCCAAGCCACUGGUGAUGCUAUCUGCUCAUUAGAGGAGACAUGUCUGACACCAAGAGGACGGUACGACAUCAAGAUCUUCCCCACAUUCCUGCAGCUCCACGGAAAGACUUUCGAUUACAAGAUUCCCUUCACGACCGUCCUCAGACUCUUCCUACUGCCUCAUAAGGAUAACAGACAGAUGUUCUUUGUGAUGAGUUUAGAUCCGCCCAUCGUUCAGGGUCAGACCAGAUAUCAUUUCCUCAUCUUGAGUUUCAACAAGGAAGACACACUAGCCCUGGAGCUCAAUCUUACAGAGGAUGAGCUAGAGCAGAAAUACGAGGGCAAACUGACCAAGGAGAUGAGCGGUCCCAUGUUUGAGAUUGUCAGUCGGAUCAUGAAGUGUCUGGUGGCAAGAAAAAUCACAGUGCCGGCAACUUCAAGGGGUAAGGCCAAAGGAGCCCAUGCCAUCAGCUGCUCGUACAAGUCAAACAGCGGCUUCCUCUAUCCACUUGAGAGGGGCUUCAUGUACGUUCAUAAACCUCCCAUGCACAUACGCUUUGACGAGAUCCAGAGCGUCAACUUUGCUGGAACCGGGAGCUUGAGGUACUUUGACUUCGAGAUCGAGACGCGGAACAAGACGACGUUCGUCUUCAGCAGCAUAGAGAAGGAUGACUACACUCCACUCUUUAGCUACGUGUCGAGUAAGAAGCUCAGAGUAAAGAACAGAGGAAUGAAGGGAGAUACAGUCAACUAUGAUGACAUCGGAGACAGUGACGAUGGAAACGCCCACGAUGCCUACCUUGAACAGGUCAAGGCUGAAGGUCGAGAGAGGGAAGAGGGAGAAAUUGACGAGAACGAUUCAGACUCUUCAUCAGAUGAAGAUUUCAAUCCGUUGGAAAGUGCAAGUGAUGUAGCUGAAGAAUAUGACAGCAACAUUGAGACACAUACAUCCGGUUCUGAUUCCGACUACACGGCAGGAAGCGGAGAGGACGAAGCCGACGACGACAACUACAUGAAAGAACGUGAAGAGAGGAGAGAGAGGAAAAGGCAGGAGAAGGAGAAGGAGAAGAGCAAAGCAAAGCAGAAGAAGAGAACCAAGAAAUCGCUAAUCACUCACUGUUCCCCUUUGACUUUUGAUUACACCAUAGUCGGACAAACCCAGGAAGAAGGUCAAGCAGGAGAGGACGCCAACCGACCCAAGAGGCCGACGACCGGCUACAUGCUGUGGCUCAACGACCAGCGCGAGGACAUCAAGGAGCAGUUCCCGGGCAUCAGCGUGACAGACCUCACCAAGAAGGCGGGAGAGAUGUGGCAGAAGCUGGGAGACACCGGCAAGGCCAAGUGGAACGAGAUCGCCGGCGAGAAGAAGAAGGAGUACGAGAUCGCGAUGGAGGAGUACAGAGAGAGGGCAGCGGAAGAAGGAUAUGAACCUGCAACUGUAAGUGGCGGCAAGAAGACCAAGUCAAGCUCGGGCAAAUCCAAACCCAAAAAGACAUCGCCAAGCCCCAAGAAAUCCAGCGCCGGAUCGGGAGGAAACUACAAGAGCAAGGAAUACAUUUCAUCAGAAUCGUCCAGCGAUAAUAAUGACGAGGUAUGGGAUGAUUAA